AUGGCAGAAUUACCCCCCAACGUCCACAUCUCGUCCCACCCUUGUCUACUAGCCAAACUGUCCCAGCUUCGGGCCGCCAGCGCAAACGCCCGCGAGACAAAGGCGCUGGUCCAUGAGAUAUCGACCAUCGUUGGGUGUGAAGCAUUGGCAGCUGGGUUAACAGUCAAGAGCGGGCCACCGGCCAAGACCCCUCUAGGCUACGAAUACACAACAACUACCAUAUCGCCUUCCACGAUAUCUCUAGUUCCAAUUCUGCGUUCGGGCUUGGGAAUGCUUGAUGCCGUUGGCUCCCCCUCCAACGCCCCCAACUCCGAGUGCUCCGAGCUAGCCAUCCUUCUCGACCCCGUCAUCGCGACCGGAGGGACCUGCGCCGCGGCAAUCCAAACGCUUAAGGAAUGGGGCGUGAAGCGUGUAAUCGUCAUUGCCGUGCUAGGUGCACUGCCGGGUGUGGUGAAGGCGGCCGAGGAGUGGCCUGAAGGAGUGGAGAUCUGGGUCGCGGGUGUAGAUGCGAGUAUUAACGAGAGGGGUAUGAUUAAGCCUGGCUUGGGAGAUGUGGGGGAUAGGCUAUUCUUGACGAUUGGGAAGUAG